GUAAUCGCUAUAGUCUUGACUCUUGUUUACAUUUAGGUUUUGUGCGCUGCUGUGAUAGGUGUCAGUGAGUAUCCCGUCACCGGCGUCCGGCAUUAAGUGCAUUGUAUUUAAAAUGAUGCGAGCUAAACAUUUUUCGGAAAAAGGAACUCGGUGCAGUAGUUCGCCAGAAAAUGUGGUCGUAAAAGAGGAGGAUUUAAGCAAUGACCCUUGGGAUGCUGGAUCUUCUGCUUCUAUUGGUCUUGCAAGUGGUUCAAACAACUCUGCAUUUUUACCCGUCCCUUAUCGAGCUGUUACAGUGCUGACCAACUUGCAGCGAGGUAAUGUGCAGACUGAAGAGAGUGUUCUGGUUCCACAGCAGAUAAGUUGGCACACAAGAGCAGCAAUGGGGGAAAUAAAUGCUCAAGAUCUCAAUCAGGUGGCACACAAUGGUCCAGAUCAAGAAAGUAUCAAUUUUGAAGACAGUUGUGGGCUGACAGCCCUCUGCUGGGCAGCCUCUUAUGGCCAGGUUCCCACAGUCCGCUUAUUACUAAGCAGGGGCGCUGAAAUUGAACAUGAGGGAGAAGAUGGCCAGACAGCCUUGCAGUUGUGUUGUGCUGCAGGACAUCACGAGGUGGCUAAGGUGCUGCUGGCAGCGGGGGCUGACCCCAACCAUGCUGAUCACAUGAGCUGCUCGCCUCUGAUGUUCGCUGCUGCCGAGGACCACGCGCAGUGCGUGUCUGAGCUGCUGGACCACAAGGCGUCUCUCACCGCCACCAACUUCACAGGAAACACUGCAUAUGAUAUAGCGUGUCGACGUAACUCUUUGAAAGCCCAAGCGGUGAUGGAGCGCUACCUGCUUCGACUGUUAGACAACACCUCGUGAUCGGAGACGCGCGGCGCCAGUCAAUGUACCUGCUUACCUUCACGUAUUUUUUUAUAAUUGGUUUUAAGACUUGUGGUGUACAAAGCAACUCCCAGCCUGGGGCCAUACUUUCAAAACUCGCU